AUGGCUAUUGCAUUUAAAAGAUCAUCAUUAUCUUAAAAAGAAUAAGAAGCAAAAAACAGAUUUUAUGGAUUACCUCCACAAUAAUCUUCACCACCGUAAAAAUUAUUAUAAAUAUUAGUACAAAGGAUAAACCUUAAAAAGAAUAAAAAAGACCAUCUUAAUCAAAUUAGUAAUAGUUAUAAAUUCCAGAAAAAUAAUAAAAAAAUGGGUUUGAAACUGCUUAUAAUGCUCCUUCUAAUGAAUAAAUAGAUUAAUUUUAUAAAAAUUUGGAAUAAGAUUUCAAAUAAGUUGCUUAAAGUAAAAUUUUAUUUAAUUUAAAUAGAGUAAGUAACUAUGGGAAUGCUUGUUAAUUAAUAAGAGUUAAUGAAACAAUAAUAAGAAAUAUUAAUUCGAAAUCAAUAAUAGAUGCAAUAAUUUACAUCACAAAAUAAUACUAAUAAUAAUAAACAAAAUAAUUAAAAUUCAAAUAAUGGAGAAUAAUAAAUGAUGAUGAAUUUGUUAACUCCAAUAAAUCAAUAAUUGCAAGAGAUUAAAUAGUUAUAUUAAUAGACAUAACAAUCUUAAUCUGAAAUUCGAUAAUAAUUGUAACAAUAAAAUAGUAAUAUUAAUUUUUAAUAAUUUGAUUCACAAAACAAUUAAUUAAAGUAACUCUUAGAUACAACUUAGCAUAAUUUAUAAUUUUUAAGACCAGAGAAUUUGUAAACACUUUAAAAUUUUACAAACUUUAAUUUAUAAUUAUAUUAGGAUACAAUAAAUAAUUUAUAAAAUUAAAUUUAUGCUUUAUAAAAUGAAGCUUCAACAAGUGAGCAAGAAUUACAUGUAAAAUAUAAAUAAUUAAAUGAUGCUCAUAUGGUGAGAAAGAUUUAGAAAGUGUCAUAAUACGAAGAAGAAACUAUAUAAUAAUUAGAGAAAUAAAUAAAUUCUAUUAAUUUUGAGAAAUCAUAAUAAUAUAUAAAUUAAAAAUUAGGUGGAAAUUUUGAUUAUGAGCAAUUUUCAUAAGAAAUUACUGAUCUAACAAAUGAUGCAACAAGUGUUUAUUCUUCAUUUAUAGAUAAAGGAUUAGAUUACGAAAUGUAUAUUCCAGAAUAUUAAUUUGAUUCCUCAGAUAUUGAAGCAUUAAAUAAUAAGCCAAGUUCUAUUCUUGAUGAAAUGAAAGCUGCAUUAGGAAUUACAAAUAAACCACCCCCUCCAAUGAAACCAAAAUAAAUUUAAUAAGUACCUGUUGUUUAACCAAUUCAACCUUUAGGAGAAAUGUAAAAAUAAACUCUUAAACCUAAUCAUUUGGUUAAUCUACCAACUAAACCAAUUGAACCACCAAAAGAUAUUAAAUUUGAAAAAUAGUAAACCCCAUAAGAUUAUAAACCUAUUUUUAAAGAACCUCCAAAAUAAUCUUAAUAAUAAUCAGGUUAAAAGAAUUAAAAAUAAAAACCUCUCAAUUUAGAUAAAGCUGAAUUCAGAUAAAAGCCAAAAUAGGUUGAGGAUGAAUCAAAAAAAUAUGGAGUUAUUGAAUAUUUAUAAAAUGAUCAAUCAUUUGAAGAACCUAAAUAUUAAAUUUCUUAUAAAAAGAAGGAUAAUUAAGAGAUAAAUAAUAAUUAAUAUAAUAAAAAUAAAUAGAAAUAAAAUUAAUAAUUAAUAUCUCCAUUAAAAUAGUAAGUUGAAGAAGCUGAAAAGAUUUAAGAAAAUAAUGUAUAAAUUAAUAAACCUUAAGAUUAUAAAGAUAUUUAUAAUUACUAAGAAGUUAAAUAUAAUUAUUAAGAAGGAUUAAAUGAUCCAAAAUUUAUUAAUUAUGAUGAUUUAAUUUAUGAAGUUUAAUAGACAAAUAAUUAUACUUCUUAAGAAUAAAAAAGUGGAGCAUUAUUAGAAAGAUUAGGAAUGAAAUAAGAAAAUCCAAAAAAUGAAUUUGAAUUGAUUGAACUUUUAUCAAGAGAUAUAGUUAAAGAUAAAUUAGUUUAAAAAAAGUAAUUAAAUGUUUAAGCAUAAGAAAUGAUCAAUAAAGAUAAAAUUUUAAAAAAUCAAUCAAUUUAAAUUUAACCAGAAUAGCCUAAUUUAUAAGAUUAGAUAGCAAUGGGUGCUUAAGCAUUUUUUCAAGGUCUUUUGACUGCAUUUAAUUAAACAUUAAAUUAAGUAAAUGAUGGAAUAUCUGGAAAUGCUACUUAAUAAGCAAAAUAACUGAUAAAGAUAUAAUAAUAACUUGAAUCUAGUGAAUAUACAGAUACAGAAGAAGAAGAAGCAAGAUAGAAUUAAGAAUAUCAUUAAAAACAAGAGAAAAUAUUAGAUAAUUAGAUUCCUGGAUCUUAGAAAAAGCCAAAUAGGCCAGGUCCCUUUUAAAAUACAUAAGUUUUAUAAUAAUAUACAUUUGCAUCAACAUUUUCUUAAUAAUAAUAAACUCAAUAAUAAUUAUAAUAAUAAAAAGAUGGAGGAUAAAAAGGAGUGAAUGAUAUGAAAAAUUAUUUAAACUAAUUUGCAUUAAGUGAUAAUUCUUAAGUUUCUUAAAAUAAAAGUGGUACAUCAUAUGCAGGAAGUAUAUUUAGACUUGAUGAUUCAUAUGGCCAUAAAAGUGAAGGAUAGGUCUCAAUUAAUGAAGGUAAAGGAAAUAAAGUAAUAAAAUUUAAUUUAUUAUUUUAUAGAGAGUUUAAGUUACUAAGGAUAUCUUUAAAGAUUUAAAUUAAGAUCUGUCUGAUAGUGAUGUUCCAUAACAUAGAUAAAAAUUUUAAUGA